GGCUUUGGUUGUGCUCCACUGACUUGUCACUGCCUUUGCCUUUUGGCUACUGCACUGUGCACAAAGGGCAGCAGAUGUCCAACAGCAGCUCCAUCACCCACUUCCUCCUCCUGCCAUUCCCAGGCACAAGGCAGCUGCAGCUCCUGCACUUCUGCCUCUUCCUGGCCAUCUACCUGGCUGCCCUGCUGGGCAAUGGCCUCAUCAUCACCACCAUAGCCUGGGACCACCACCUCCACACCCCCAUGUACUUCUUCCUCCUCAACCUCGCCCUCCUUGACCUGGGUGCCAUCUCCACCACUAUCCCCAAAUCCAUGGCCAAUUCCCUAAGGGACACCAGGGACAUCUCCUAUGCAGGAUGUGCUACUCAAGUCUUUUUUAUCCUCUUUCUGCUUUCAGCAGAGUAUUUUCUCCUCACCACCAUGUCCUACGAUCGCUACGUUGCCAUCUGCAGACCCCUGCACUAUGAGACCCUCCUGGGCAGCAGAGUUUGUCUCCACCUGGUAGCAGCUGCCUGGGCCUUUGGGGUUCUCUUUGCUCUGCUGCACACAGCCAAUACAUUUUCCCUGCCCCUCUGCCAGGGCAAUGCUCUGCACCACUUCUUCUGUGAAAUCCCCCAGAUCCUCAAGCUCUCCUGCUCCACCUCCUACCUCAGGGAACUUUGGCUUAUUGUGGUCACUGCCUGUUUCUUCUUUGUCUGUUUUGUGUUGAUUGUGGUGUCCUAUGUGCAGAUCUUCAGGGCAGUGCUGAGGAUCCCCUCUCAGCAGGGACGCCACAAAGCCUUUGCCACCUGCCUCCCUCACCUGGCUGUGGUCUCCCUCUUUGUCAGCACUGCCUUCUUUGCCUACCUGAAGCCGUCCUCCAUCUCCUCCUCAUCCCUGGACCUGGUGGUGUCAGUUCUGUACUCAGUGGUGCCUCCAGCAGUGAACCCUCUCAUCUACAGCCUGAGGAACCAGGAGCUCAAGGCUGCCCUCAAAAAGCAAGUUACUAAG